AUGGGGGACCGCUUCAUUCAGCUGGGUCGCUGGCGCCUGGCCGCGAUUGACGACAACCACUUCAGCAUCUCACAUAAGGACGGGAAAACGGCGCAGAUCUUCCACAAGGAUGGCACGUUGCAUCCAGGGCCACGCAAUGACUUUAACGCCUGGGGCAGGUCCAUCGGGGCGGCGAAGGGUAUCAGCUUCGGCUUCCAGUUCAUCCAGAUCGGGAAGUUUCGCGUGGGAGCUGUCGACGAGACCCACCUUUCCAUAGCCCACAUCGGCGGCAAAACGGCGCAGAUCUUCCGAAAUGACGGCACGCUGCACUCGGGGCCCAGAACCGAUUUUUCGACCUGGGACCGCCCAGAGUCCAUGCCUGCGGGCAUCACGGCUGGCGACCGCUUCGUGCAGCUGGGAAAGUUCCGCUUGGGCGAUGCCGAUGGCGGUCACUUCCUGGUCACCCACGACAGCGGACAGACGAUCCAGAUUUAUCGUCGCGAUGGCACGCUGCACCCAGGACCCCGUACCGACUGGACCGCGGCAAUCUCCACAAGAGGCCCCAGCGCGUGGACCUGCAAGGACUUGCCCGAGAUGGCAUACGGAGCCUGCGACAGCGGAUGGGCGGCUUUUGGCGAUCGCUUUAUCCAGCUGGGAGAUUGGCGUCUGGCAGCGAUUGAUCAGACACAUUUCUCGAUUUCACACAAGGACGGAGUGACAUCACAAAUCUGGCGCGCAGAUGGGACCGUGCACGGCGGGCCGCGGAGUGACUUCAGUGCCUGGGGCAGACCGCUAGGCUUCCCAUCCGGGAUCACGUUUGGGCCACAAUUUAUUCAGAUCGGGAAGUGGCGUAUGGGCCAGAUAGAUGGGGCUCACUUCAGCAUCGCGCACCAGGACGGCCAGACAGCCCAGAUCUUCCGCCAAGAUGGUACCCUGCACAGUGGGCCUCGCACGGACUACAACGCUUGGAGUCGAAGCUCCGGGCCGGCGGGCAGCACCACGUUCGGAGACCGGUUCAUCCAGUUCGGAAGGUUCCGCAUCGGUGACGCGGAUGGAACACACUUCAUCGUGACGCAUCACGGCGGGCAGACGAUCCAGAUCUACCAUAAACAUGGCACGCUUCAUCCCGGUCCACGAACCGACUGGACCCCUGCGCUGAAUGACCGCUAUCCCCAGUGGCACUGCGGAACGGUGCAAAGCGUCUUGGGAACCUGCACGGGGAUUGCGACUGGUCACAACUUCCUCCAGCUCGGCGAGUGGAGGCUUGCUGCGAUCGACGGAAACCACUUCACCGUGUCGCACCAGGCAGGGCAGACUGCACAGAUCUACCGCAAUGAUGGGACCUUGCAUCCGGGUCCCAGAACCAGCUGGGGCGCGUGGCAUCUCGAGACGAAGGAGGAGGCUCACCAUCGACUGGCCUUCGGAGAUCGCUUUGUCCAGUUUGGGAACUUUCGCAUGGGUGAGGUGGACGAGGCACACUUUUCCAUAUCACACAGCGGCGGCAAGACGGUUCAGAUCUUCCACAAGCAUGGCACAUUGCAUCCGGGGCCUCGCACAGACUUUGGCCUCUGGGGUCGGCAGGAAGGAGACGCCCUGGGUGUGAGCUUCGGCGAUCGGUUUGUGCAGAUCGGCAACUUCCGUGUAGGCGACGUGGACGGAACACACUUCUCUGUCACCCAUGUGGGUGGCAAGACCAUGCAGAUUUUCCGAUCGGAUGGCACGGUGAUCGAUCUGGGUCCACUGAAGAAAGCAGUUUGCAGAAUGGAAAAUAGGAAUGACCUCGCCGUUCCUUCGGAGCCUAUUCACAUCCUGCUGUAUCUGGAGCCUUUAAUCGCGUUAAUCAUUAUCGCCAAUGGCAUCUCUAUUGGAAUUCAGACAGAUCCAAUGUAUGAGGGCUGGCCCUACUGGAUGUAUGUGGAGCUUGGCUUCGUAGUGCUUCUCUCCAUCGAAAACUUGACCCGCACCGCUGUGCUUGGCUGCCGUGAUUUCUGGUGCGGGGCCGAAAAGGGAUGGAACUGGUUCGACUCUUUUGUGACAGCCAUUGGUAUCGCAGACGUCUCCUGGCAGCUGCUUGCCACAGAUUCCCCGGACAUCGCCGGCACCUUGCUGCUGCGCUGCUUCCGCCUGGUGCGCCUGGCCCGGGUCGUGCGUGUCUUCCGCUUGAAGAUCAUGUCCGACCUCCGCCUCAUGGUUAGGGGCCUCGUUGCCGGCAUCUGGACACUGGCGCUGGCUUUCUGCCUGCUCUUCGCGGUCCUGUACCUCAUCGCAGGCCUGGCCUCCUUCACCAUUGGCCGGGACAGUCGGAUGGCAGACCUUGGCAUGGAAGAUCUGUUUUACAACAUCCCAUGGUCUAUGUUCACUGCCUUUCGCUGUUUCAUCGGCGACUGCAACACCAUGACUGGGGAGCCGAUUAUGCUGGUCCUCGCCGAGCAAUUCGGGGUGGUCUUUGUCUUUGGCUACGUUUGCAGCUACAUGCUGGUGGCCAUGGGCAUUUUCAAUGUAAUCCUUGCCGUCUACGUGGACAUUACCAUGCGGGCCGCGAAAGAGAACGACGCCGUCACUGCAGAGCAGUACAAUCGUGAGUCCAUUCGAAUCGCCCGUGCAACCCGAGAGCUACUGAAGAAAUUUGCAGCUGCUUAUCAUGUUUUCCACGUAAUUGAAGAUCAUGCAGCUGAUAUUUCUCGAUUGGAAAUCAGCCACGGGGCAACUCUGUUUACCGACGACGAGAUUCACGAUGAUGUCGCCAUUACAAAGGAGCUCUUCUUUCUGGUCAUUCAAGAUCCCGCGGUGCAGGCCUUGAUGGAUGAGCUCGACCUUCCGCCGAACCGCGCACAGCUCUUCGAAGUGAUCGAUUCAGAUGGCAGUGGCACCUCAGGUAAGAGAAAACGGGUGUAG